AUGCGUCUGUUCUCUUUCUCAAACUCUGUCAUCCAGUCACCCGGGCUUCUCUAUUCUACCCUUCACCCCAUCUCUCAAAGAGGGCUCGGACGGAACUACAGCAAAGCCCCGAGCAUCAUCAAGGCGUUCGGUGAUGCACGGGAAGCCAGUCUUGUUGGUGUAGCUUCCCAAGUCGGUGCACUACCUAAUCUGCAUGGACUUCCAGAGGUAAGCUUUGUGCCCCAUCGCGUACGCCGCGCGAACGCGGGCAAGUCGACCUUAUUGAAUGCCGUUAUCGGCCGCAGGAAUCUCCUAUUUACAAGCAAGAAAGCGGGCCGCACACAAACGCUUAACUUCUUUCGCGUCGGUGGGGAUCCAGGAAGACUUGUCGUCGUUGACUCGCCAGGAUAUGGCGCACGAGGCCGCCCUGAAUGGGGGGCCGUGUUCGACGACUACAUUCGGAAUCGCAAUGAGUUACGACGUGUGUUCAUCCUGCUGAAUGCCAAGCAAGGCCUCACCGAUGUCGACGCCGCGAUGCUCGAGCAGCUCGGCACUAGCAUUGCCUCACGCUCCACGGACAGUGAUUCGUACGGUUCCGCGAAACGAUCAUCAACACCGGUGUCUAUUCAGCCUAUCAUUACGAAAUGCGACUCGCUCGGAGCGAAUGGGCGCGCGCGCGUCGAGGCUAUCGCUGCGGAUGUCCGAGAAGCAGCGCCGCCGGAGUGUCUGGUCAUUUCCCCACCAAUCGUCACUGCGUGCCAGACGGAGCGGGGGUUGCCGCCCUUCGGGAUUGAUGCGGUACGCCAGUCAAUCCUGGAGGCAUGCAUGGGCAUCUCCGGUCGAUAGUUUCAUCUCUCACUGCUCAAGUACUGUUUUCGGGAAUAGAAGACACGAGCCAUAUGCGCUCACAGACUCGAGAGCAGGUUACGCCUUGCAGAGUCACAGAGGGGUGCCAUGCAUAUAUGGACAUCUUUAGGAUGCUGAGCCCACCUGAAACACUUGAACAUGUUCCUCGGGCUAAACAUCGUAUCACUCUACUCGAUGCAAAGACC